GUGGUCGGGCUUAUUCAUGCUGGCUAAAAGCCGGCUCGCUAUUGGUUACUUUGUCCGGAGAGUAAACUGGGCGCCAUAGCUGCCUUUGUGGGUGGGUAGAAGUUAGGAUGUGUGGGGGACUGUGAAACUAAGGGGAGGAAAAGCACCGAACUCGCUGUGGAAGGAAGAAAGCGAAGGUUCCUUGAUGGAUUUGUCCUUUGCUGGAAGCACCAGGCAGUUGAGAAGCAGCAGUCGCAAUUUGGUAUUGUCAGGCACAUUCACAUCCCAAAACCAAAGAUGGGCUUCAAAAGCUGACAAUCGAGAAACCUCACUGGUGAGAAACUUGGAUGCUGACUUACAUGAGGCUAUGACUCCUCUCCGUUCAACAGCUGGCAGUGUGACAGAAGAAUCGAUGCCCAGUCCAAGCCCUGAGAAAUUUGGACGUAAUGGGACUGUUGUGUCACAAGUGGUGACUGUCAAACGGCAUAAAAGAUGGGCCACCCGAAUUUUGUCAAUGUUGUGCUGCCUUGUCGUUGUUUGCAUUCUCUCUGUUUUGCUUGCAGUACUAUAUCUCGUUAUACAAGACAUGCAAUCUGGAAGAGAAAUUAAUGACGAAGGAGAGAAGAUUAGCCUUUUAGGAUUCUGGAGUCUUCUUGCGUUGUCCCUUCUAGCGGGUCUAUCCUGCUGCAGCUUCUCGUGGACUGUCACCUACUUUGAUUCUUAUGAACCAGGGAUGUUUCCUCCAACUCCACUUUCUCCUGCGCGCUUCAGGAAAAUGACUGGCCAUUCCUUCCACAUGGGCUAUACUAUGGCAAUACUCAAUGGAGUUGUAGCAGCUCUGACAGUUCUCUGGUGUUUGCUAUAAUUGCACAGCAUCACCAUUUUUAUAAACGGACUUCUGGGACCUGGGAUUAUGUAAAACAGCAUAGAUUUUAUGUAUAUGGAGGAAUAAUUUUAGCUAAGUGAUGUUUUUUUUCAUGUCCAGUUUUUAAAAAAUGUUUUUUUGUAAUUUUUCAAAUAGCUAUUAUGGAAUCUUUAGUCUUACAUUUUUGAGCACAUCCAAUUCAUAUGGUGAACGAUACACAUUUUAGGUCAUUUUAGCACAUAAUUAUAGCCUGGUUGGGGUAUUGUAUUAUCAGGACACCUGCACUUCUAUGCAUCCAGCUUUCCACAAGUAGCAGGUCCCUGGCUGAACCUUUUAUAUGUAAUAUUAAUGCCAUAUGUACAGUUUUUACAUUUAUAUGAUCUAUUUUGGGCUUUGCGAGUAUAAAUUGUUUAGUAGAAAAAUGAAUCGGUGUUCGGUAUUUAGAAAUAUUUUAUAAAUGUGUGAAUGAAAUUGUUAUUUUUGCAGGCAAAUAUUUUAAAAUUGCAGUGCUAAAUUAUUUGUACACCAUGGGGCCCAUUUACUUAGCUCGAGUGAAGGAAGAGAGGAAAAAAAUUUCAAAUGGUUUUUUUUGGCUACUUCGACCAUCGAAUGGGCUACUUCGACCUUCGACUUCGAAUCGAAAGAUUCAAACUAAAAAUCGUUCUACUGUUCAACCAUAUUCGAUAGUCGAAGUACUGUCUCUUUAAGAAAAACUUCAACCCCCUAGUUCGCCACCUAAAUGGGGAAUGGGUCAAUGUUAGCCUAUGGGGAAGGUCCCCAUAGGCUUUGGUAGCUUUUUUUGGUCGAAGAAAAAUCGUUCGAUCGAUGGAUUAAAAUCCUUCGAAUUGAACUAUUUGCGCUAAAUCCUUCGACUUCGAUAUUCAAAGUCGAAGGAUUUAACUUCGACAGUCGAAUAUCGAGGGUUAAUUAACCCUCGGUAUUCGACCUUAAGUAAAUUUGCCCCCCAUAACUCAGUUCUCAUUUGUUUACAGAACCACUAAUAUAUUAGUAAGAUGGAAAUGUAAUGGGGCAUUGGUAUUGUAUUAAUGUAGAUGCCUUUGUAGCUUUCAUACAGUCUGAUUUGAAAGAUUCUGGAUUGUACGCAUGAAUCAAAGCAUCCGAGAGGUCUUUUAUCCGCAAACUGGUGCAGCACCUUCUGUCGUAAGUUACAUGGUUUCUGACAUAAUGCUAUUCUCUUCUUAUAUAGGACAAUAAAUGGAAAUACUUCCCCUUUAGUGUAAA